ACUCCCCUCAACAUUCCAACCCCCCUCUCCCGUUCCAUUUCCUAAAAUCCUCUCUUUCCAUCUCAUCUCUCUCUUACAACAAAUUCCACUUUCUACUGCUAUUUAAGCUUAAUUAGCUACCUAUUUUGGUGAUUUGUUUUCAGAGUUGAUGAUCGGAGAGUAAAGAGAGAAGAAGCAAAUGAUGAUGGCGGAGAAGCAGUGGAGGAGAUAGCUCGUGCUAGUAGCAGCACUAGUAGUGGUAGAAGAAGAAAGAAAGAUUAUAUGGGAGGUUGUUGCUGUGGUUCCUCUAGAGGAGCUGCUCAAUCUAAUAGCGCACCGCCUUAUUAUUAUUCUUCCAGAAAUUACGUGAUGGAUUUAUUGGAAUGGAUGAACUAUCGUUGUCGUGGUUGUGAGAUCAUUUAGAGAUAUUUUAUUUGUUAGUAUCAUUGUGCUCGUCGGCAUGUUGCUGAUGUACCCCAGAGCACCAGCAGAGCAUGUCCCAUUGUCAUCUCACCAUGCAGCUGGGUCUGCUCUAUCCACAGGACUUCUGGUUGAUACGAACCUGGACACAUCAGUUCCUGAUGCUUAUAGACCACCUCCUGCACCUAUGCCAUUUGAUGUGGCAGUAGGACAUCUUCAAACCCCGCAUAGGUCGAGAGAGACUUGUGGUGACAAGAAUGAUGGAGCUUUGCAAAUAACAAAUUCUGCUUCUGGACAAGAAAACACUGGCUUGAAUACUCGGGAAACUUCAGCUGAGUGUGAAGAUGUGAAGGAGUUAGACUGCAAGGCGCAAAUCAAUUCAGAACUUGAUGCGGUGAAGGAGCUAGAAAUUGAGCUUUUAAAGGCAGUUGAGCCUCUUGUUUCAGCAACAGAGGAGGAGGAUUGUCCUAUCUGUCUGGAAGAGUAUGACUCAGAGAAUCCAAAACUUAUCACAAAAUGCGAGCAUCACUUCCAUCUUUCAUGCAUUCUUGAAUGGAUAGAAAGAAGUGAGAGUUGUCCUGUUUGUGACAAGGAAGUGAUAAUCGACCCUCCUAUUGAGUAGUAGCUGUGCAGAAAACAUGUUGAAGAUCAACUUCUUAGGUGUUUGAAAUCAUGUUUGUGAAGCAAAAGUUACAAAUGCAUGAGUGCUUGCCACAGAUUUGGCUGUAGCUAUUUUUUUUGGUUCUUUUUUAAGAGUCGUUGCCUACUUCAAUGCUUGCUGUUCUGUGUCCUCACUUCAUCAAAGCUUCAGAUUUUUCAAGGAAAUGAGAAACAAAAAAAAUAAAAUAAAAUUGGGAAGGCAGGGAAGAAGAUGAGAAGAGAGGAUAGAGGCUGGUCGUACAUCAUCAUGGAUGUCCAUUACUUAGUCGUUAUAACAGAACAGCAGGUGGGCGUUUUCUUUCCUUCUCUGUCCUAGUAUAGCUUUACUGCAAUUCAUACCCUGAAAUACUCUUAGGAGUUGCUUUCUUUCUCCUUCAACCUUUUAAAUUGUUAUGUAAAUCUUAUAUGGUCGUUUUUGUCUAAAUUCAUCUGUUUGUGAGUUUGAUUGGUAGUGGGGGAUUGAUUGAUGCCAGGAAAGUUUGGGAAGGAUCAAAAGAAGGGCUUUUUGUUUAGAUAAAUCGUGUAAAUAACACUCUGAUUUACACGUCAAGGUUUUAUUUUGUUGAUAUGCUGAUCAGUCAUUUGUUGGUCAUUAAUUUUGAUUAUUACUCUUCUGACUGCAUCAAAAGGGUGAAAUCUAUAUUUAACUUCACGUGCAUUCAUCGGCUGGUUUGAGAUUAGCAACUGGAUUUGCUAGAGUUAAUCGACACUGGAACUUGUGAUGAUGGUCCAGGUCAAUCAUGGGUACAGGUAGCGUGCCUUCUAAUAACCCAAAUGUCUUUGACUCAUUUUACUUUUUUGUUGUGCCCCAUGAAGAAAGAUAAUACUUGCCCUUUAGAAAAUUGCAGUUAGGUCACUUCAGCUUAAUGUUGUUUACUCAUCAAUUGGUUGGCAAUGUGACCAUGAUUUUAACUUGAUAGUAUUUACUCUAUGCAAGUCCUAAAUAUUGAA